GUGUGUGAUGGUGCUGCUGUUGCACGCAAGUGCUUGCAAUCCAGCUCUCUCGCGCUGAGCAGCAACAGCUGCGCUGUCAACGAGAGGACGUGUGCAAUAAUUUCCCUUCACAUGUGAUGCCGAGGAGCCCAAACCACACCGUGUGAUGGACGAAGAAGACCCCCACGCGAUCCCCGUCGAGGGUCCCGCGGACGAAUCUUCCAUUGAUCGUGACGCGAAUCCCGAGACACUACCCAACGAGAUAGCGUCGGACACCGUGACGGACUGUAAUCCAAUCGGUGGGACGGGAUCGGAAAACUGUGUGCAAUCCUCAAGUGAGAAACAAUACUGUGAUGUCGAGGAGGUUCUUCAGCGGACCGUAGAUUCCGUUAUCUCGAACGAAAUAGAGGAACGAGGCCACGUCCACUCGGUCGCGUUUCCUUCAGACGCCGCGUCGGAAGCCCUCAGUCUGGGUCCAAGUGUGAUUACUCCGAGUAUCGACGGACCCCAUCACCCAGGAGGGAUCAGCGUCAAGGACAACGGAGUCGGGUGUGUCGAAGAGGACAGAGGAGCUCUUGCCGGAGACAACGCUGAGAGGGGCGAAGAUAUUCUUCUCAAAGAUGACGAAGAUGAUUUCGGAGACUUCGGAGAGUUUUCCAAUGCUCACGAGGUGGAGAGCUCGGUUGUGACAAAUGGCCUUGCACAGGAAGUCGGUCACGGCGGAGAAGACACUUCCUGCGUUAAUCACGAUGACGAGAACGAUGAUGAUUUCGGAGACUUCGAAGAAGCCGACCUUGGGAACAGUGCGUCCAACGCUCCGACACACGAGUUCGCUCAAUUCGACAACGCAUCUCUUGCCGCUGGUAGGAUCGCCUCGGAGGAUCCGGUGACUCCUGCAAGCCCAGAGUCGUUCCGCAGCUUGAUUGCGGAACUCUUCAUCGUUGUGGACCACGAAAGCAGGGAACUAGUUGACCAGCCUGUAGAAACAGGACACUUCCAAGCAAGCGUCGAUAGAGACAUAGCCCGAUGCGAAGACGUCGACAAUUGGCCAUGCGUCCUGUUCAGCUACGACAGCAGUCGCACGAGGAGAACCCUCUUAAGCUCCUUGUGCAUCGAUGAAACCCCAGCCAACUGCCCGAGAUUCGCCAUCGAUUGUCUCAACAACGACUUCCUCCAGCCCGUCAAGGAGUCGAAGGGGUCUAGCCCCCCGACUUCGGGAGACGGUCGUGAACUCAGCGAGAGAGCCAAAGAAGUUUUAAACAAGAUCCCAGACCUAAGCUUUAUGAAGGCCGAAGUGCUUACUUUUCCGGCGACAGUUCAGGCCCCGUAAUCCACUAAUCGAGGAGCAAUCGCCACAAAUCUUCGAAAACAUUCCAAGGGU